GCCUUCUCCUCAGGGUCAUAUCCACCUUCAUCCUCCAUUCUUGUAAAUCCUUCUUUAUCUUAUCUGUGUCCAAUCACAAACCACAAAGUUGAAAUCUUUGUUUCUUGAUAGAAUCGGAGAGAGAUAAUAAAGAGAGAAUCCCAUAUAUAAUAGAUAAAAAUUACCAUAAACUCUAAUGGAGUCUGUUGUUUCAGAGCUUGAAGGGACCCUUUUGAAGGACCCUCAUGUUUUCUCAUACUUCAUGCUGAUAGCAUUCGAGGCAUCCGGGCUUGUCCGGUUCGCCUUCUUGUUGGCGUUGUGGCCGUUGAUUCGGCUUCUUGAGGUUUGUGGGAGGGGAGAUGAUGGGCUUAGGCUCACUGUAUUUGCAGCCACUGUUGGAGUCCCUGUCUCAGAGAUUGAAGCAGUGGCAAGAGCUGUUUUGCCCAAGUUCUACUUGGAUGACAUCAACAUGAGGGCUUGGAGAGUGUUCAGCUCGUACGAUAGGCGAGUUGUGGUAACUAGAAUGCCUAGAAUCAUGGUGGAGAGGUUUGGGAAGGAGCACCUCAUGGCUGGUGAUGUCGUUGGAACUGAACUCUCCGUUAAUCGAUUUGGACUCGCGACCGGCUUCAUCAAAAGUGGUAUUGGCUCAAUUGGUAAGAAAGUGACGGAAUUGUUCGGGGAUGAAAAACCUAGAUUAGGCCUAGGAAGGCCGAAAUGUGGUUUCAGCUCAUUAUUCAUGCCGUUGUGCCAGGAAGAGUGCCAUCCACCAUUCCCCAACAGAAAACCAAUGCACGAAAACCACAUCAUCCGCCCCCUCCCGGUGAUCUUCCACGACGGCCGACUCGUUAAGCGUCCAACACCAUCAGCCGCCCUCGUAAUCCUCCUAUGGAUCCCUCUAGGAAUCCUACUAGCAGCCAUCCGCAUCGCAGUAGGCUUGAUGCUUCCCAUGUGGGCUAUUCCUCGCGUAGCCCCGGCUUUCGGCGGCCGGGUUGUGGUCAAAGGUACCCCUCCGCCACCCGCCUCCGCCUCCAAUUCCGGCGUUCUCUUCGUAUGCACACACAGAACCCUAAUGGACCCCGUAGUCCUUGCUGCUGCCAUCCAACGACGAAUCCCUGCCGUCACCUACUCCAUCUCCCGAUUAUCCGAGAUCCUAUCGCCCAUCCCCACCGUCCGCCUGACUAGAAAUAGAGACGUCGACGCCCAGAAAAUCAAACGGGAACUCGAAAAAGGAGACUUGGUUGUCUGCCCUGAAGGGACAACUUGUCGAGAACCCUUUCUACUGAGGUUCAGUGCACUCUUCGCCGAACUAACGGAUCGAAUCGUGCCGGUGGCCAUGAAUUACAGUGUAGGGUUCUUCCAUCCUACCACAGCACGAGGAUGGAAAGCGAUGGACCCAAUAUUCUUCUUCAUGAACCCAAGACCAAUCUAUGAGGUCACUUUUCUGAAUCAGUUGCCAGUUGAAGCGACAUGCUCGGCUGGUAAAAGCCCACAUGAUGUGGCGAACUAUGUGCAGAGGAUCUUGGCUGCAGCAUUAGGGUUUGAGUGCACCAACUUUACGAGGAAGGAUAAGUACAGGGUUCUUGCUGGGAACGAUGGGACUGUGUCUCAAACUUCAGAACCUGAUACCAAAAUGGUUAACGCAUUCAAGAAGGUGGUCGCUAGCUUUAUGCUUCACUGAGGGAGAUAGUAAAUGGAAACAGGCAUUUGCUCUCCUUAGUACGUAGCUGUCCGGAAAUGCUGCCUUCUUACAAUUUAUCCUAUUUUUGUACACUUUAUGAAUGUACGAGAAUUCUUUUUUCCCUUUUUUUUUUUUUGUUUUUUUUGGGGGGUAGGGGGUGGGGUAAGAGGGUGGUUGUUGGAUCAGUUUUAUAUAUACCUUUGAUAUUGUUUUCCUAGAAGUGUUGAAUAAUUAUGUAUUUCAAUAUAUAAUUAACAGGCGAUAUAUACUGUCGA